GCAUAAAUAAUUAUUAUUCUAUCUUACUUUCUUAAAAACUGUCUAGUGUCGCGGUAACUAACGAAAGUCUCAAAAGGGGAGAUCAAUGUAGUCAGUGGUCAGGAAAAUUUUUGUUUUAACUGUAACAAAAACAAGUUGAUAAGUUAACCCUACUUAAUAUCACAUUAUUAUUAUUGUGCUAAAGAUCCAUAUGGGUUUUUAAAAGUAACUUAAAUCGGCCUACCCUUAAAUCAAAUUGAUUGGCAUUUGACAAUUAUUUGAUUUUGAUACUGAAAAUGAGUGUCCUGUUUAUCUUAGACAGUCUCAAUAAAAUAAUAUCAGAUUUUGGUUGGAAACAAAAAAUCAUAUUUAAAUAAUUUAAUCAAUGUAACAAAGUUCAUAAAGUAAAGUAUAAAGUUAAGAGACUGUCAAGUUCUCUGUUUAUUUUAGGAAACAUGCCUUUACUUUAUUUAUUAAAAUAAUUUUUGUUAUUUAUACAUGUAAACUUGAAGUUGAAGUCUAUUUGAAUAUGAGCCUCCCCCUUCUCUCUCCCCCCCCCCUUUUUUUUUUUUCUUCUUCUUUCUUCCCAAUUUUUUUUAUUUAUACAUGUAAACUUAAAGUUGAAGUUUAUUUGAAUAUGAGCCUCCCCCUUCUUUCUCCCCCCCCCCUUUUUUUUUUCUUCUUCUUUCUUCCCCCUUUGUCUAUGACAGUGGUUCUCAACAUUUCUAAUGCCGCGACCCUUAAUAUAUUUCCUCAUGUUGUGGCGCCCCCCAACCACAAAAUUAUUUUCGUUAAUAUUUUACAACUUUGGAGUAUAGCCUGUGUGUUUUCAGAUGGUCUUGGACGACCCCUGUAAAAGGGUCAUGCAACCCCCAAAGGGGUCGCAAUCCACACGUUGAGAACCGCUGGUCUAUGACAUGAGAAGAUUGAAAAAAUAUGAAAUUAUGUUAGAAUUAAAGUCAGAAAAAAUAUGAAAUUAUUGAAAUUAUGUUAGAAUUAAAGUCAGUAAUCUUCUCAUGACUGUAAUUGUUAUUAAUUUAUAAAUACUAAGCUGUUCAGAUAUUUUUUAAUAAAAAUAAUAAAACAAAUAUUAAAUUAAAGCUUAAAGUAAAAUUGAAAAAUAAAUUGUUUGGCUUUUAGAAUUUGUAUAAUUGUUAACUUUUUAACUUAUUGUUGCUGUUAUUGUACUGUGUAAGAUAAAGUGUUUCCUUCUCCCUGGUUUUAAUGAUUCUAAACAUAGAGAAUUACACUGUGCAACAACAAUGUCAGUCAUGCUGAACACUACAAGGUUACAAUAUAAAGUUAAAUUGACAAGAAAAUUCUUCCAAUCCACUGCUAAAACCAUAGCCUUAUGGCAUGGAAAAACCACAGAUAUAAAUAAAUACAGUAUCACAUUCAACCAGAGCCACAAUAGAUAUAAGAUAUGCUAUUCUAUAAUAAAUGUAUUUUAUUCUUCUGUAUAACACUCUAAACAAUAAUAAUAUAACUAUUUUAUAAUUGUAUUUAUAUAUAAUAUAUAUAAAUAUACUGGUUCCCAGACAACUAAACACACGACAGGUGAACCUACGACAUCUGAACCCAAGACAACCAAACUCAUGACAAGUGAACCCACGGACAAGUGAACCCACAAACAAGUGAACCCACAGACAAGUGACCACACUGACAACUGAACCCAUAUACAACCAAACGCACGACAGGUGACCACAAAAAUGAUAAAAUUGAAUAGAAUAUGUAUUAAAUUUAAAAAUGCCGAAACGCUUAAAAAACCUACAAAGUAAAAUUUUGUACUGAUUAAAUGAAUAUAUAUUUUUAUAAUUAUUUUCAUUGGUUAAAUUAGCUUUAAAAAAUAAUUCUACUUCUAAGCGUUGCGGCUUCAAAAAAAUUAUUAAAAAAUGAAUAAUAAUAUAGUUGGCAAAUUAUUUUAGUUUUGCAAUUAGAAUUAGAGCGAGUUAUUUGUUCUUCUAAAGAAAUGUCAACUUACGGAUACUCUCAGAGCGACUCUGAUAAUGAAAUGUAUUCCUAUAUGUAUAGGCCUAUAAUAUGAUGAGUUUACUGCCCAAUGCUAUCGACAGUAUCGUCGUAAACAAGUAGGCUCUAGCUCUUAGCUUAAUUUUAAUUAUCCUUUCCAGAUUUUGAAAUUCGGUUCUCCGCUACUACACAAAAAAUAAAGUGGUAUUUUUACCUGCCUCAAGACAUACUUUCCAGAAUCAUACCAUACUAUUCAGGAUAUUUUAAGAUUGUUGUUGAUUUUUAUUGAGUUUUCAUUAAUUUACAAUUGAAUUGAUACAUAUUAAAUGGUAGGUCUAUCAGUAAUCCUAUAAUAUAGCUUUUCUCAACUAUGCGAAAUAAAUAUCGUCUAAAAAAACAUGCUUAGUAGAGUUAUAAUGAUUAUUAAUUAAUGUAUUUAAUCUCUACAUUGUACAUUUUCUAGACAUUUCGGCUUUUUUUACAUAUCCUAUUUAAUUUUAUUAUUUUUUGUGGUUGUCUAUGGGUUCAGUUGUCAGUGUGGUCACUUGUCUUAGUUUACUUGUCUGUGCGUUCACUUGCCGUGGGUUCACUAGUCAUUGGUUCGGUUGUCUUAGGUUCAGUUGUCGUAGAUUCACCUGUCGUGCGUUCAGUUGUCGGGUCACCAAAUAUACUAUACUAAUGUCUAAAUACAAAAUGUAAAAUCUAACUUAAGUUCACUUUUUUAGUAAAGUUCAUAUGUUAUAGUACUUAUAGUGAGUUCAGUGGUUAACUUGUUCAGCUAACUUAGUGAGUAAUACAGAUGUCUGAUAUUCAUAAAAAUAAAUGGUUUUAGAAUUAAAUGAGUUCAUUUCUUUAACAUUGCGUUUGGGCAAAACCAGGUAGCCAUAAUUGCAAUAAUGAUGUUUUAAAAUAAAUUACAAUUAUAAUUAUUAUUUGUUUAACUCAUUGCAAUAAAUAAAUUGGCAUUCGGCCUAUUACAGAAUUGCUGCCAGUUCAUCAGUGCAACCUUAGUCUUCACUGCUUAAGUAAAAAUUUAUAAUUAUAACUGUUAAAUAAGACUUAAGUUUGUUACCUGCGCAACAUUUCAUCCAGCCAUUUACUGUAUAAUCUUCCAAUACCGUAAAGGAAAAUAAAAUGUUGUAUAUUAUUAAUGUCUUUUACACUAAAUUAUCUUUAAGUUAAGUACCGGUAUUCAAAAUGAAUCCCAGUGAUGACACUACAGAGAGAAAUAGGACUGAACUUAUUCAUAGAAACAUAACAGGUAAUAAUAAUAAUUGCCUUUUGAGGUUGUCUAUUUUGGUUGUAACCUAAGCACAAUAAGCAUGACAGACAUACUCAGUUGAUAAAUCUUAAUUUGGAACCAGUGGCUUAAAGAGUUAAAUCAUAUUAAGUAUAAAAUGGAGCUAUUCACUGAAUGCUACAUGUGAAACACUAUCUUUUACUUUUGUUAGAAUGUAUAGGUCAGCUUUAAUUAUUUAAAUUCUACCCAUAUCAAUCUGAGAUUAUCAUUAAAAGACAUCAAAUUAAUUUCAGGAAUUUCUAAUGAUCUUGAAGAAGAAUUUGCCUGCUCUGUUUGUUUACGCCUUGCAGUCCAACCCACAACCCUAACAUGUGGCCACACAUCAUGCCGUAUUUGCCUGGCAAAGUGGUACUUCAAUUCAAAAAAAAAAGAAUGUCCUAUGUGUCGGCAAACUUAUAUGGGGCAUCCAAAAGUCAAUUUUCAACUCAGGUAAAUAAUUUUUAAGCACAUGUUGCAUAAUUCAAAGUGAUUCAUUUAUAACUUUAAAAUUACAAUAAGAUUUCAAUAUUUUGUAUUGUUUGUUAUCUCUUGAUUUUUAGUUUAAUAACACAUUUAAUCAGUUUCUCAGUUAAAGGCAUUAUUACAAAAGAAAAUCAGAGAAAAUCAUCCAGUAACAUGCAAGGUUAUUAUUAUAUAUCUCUUCGCCUCUGACUAGCUAAAACCACUUUAUUUCAGUGGUCUCAAACUUUCAUUAUGUCUGCAUGAAGAUAUUUUGAUGUCUCAAGGGCCACAACAGAUCUAAAAAAUAUAAUUUUAGAGUCUUUUUCUUAUUACAGUAUGUAAUCUUAUUACAAUAUAUAAUGCAAAUCAUAUAAGGGGCUGAAAAAGAAAGCAGAAGAGUUCUCUGCUUCCUCUUCUUUAAUUCAGUUGUUGGAGUUAAAUUUAAGUUCAAAUAUUUUUCAGAAAUUUGGUGAGAAAGCUCAUGCCCCAAGAGAUUACAAAUCGAGAGAAAGAAUUAGAAGCAGAAACUGAAGACCAGAACCUAUUAAAGAAAUUUGAAAAGCAACUUGCUGAAUCUAACAUUGGUCAAACAAAGAAAAAUACAGACAUUUUUAUUUUUUGUGCUGGAAUUAUAAUUGCUUUAUGCGUGUCUGUGGUAGGUAAAGCGUGUUAAUUUUGAAAUAAAAGUAAUAUUAAUCUUUUUAAGUGUAACUGGUAGUUAGUAUAACAUUACUGGUUUUUUUAAAAGAUAUAUACCAUGAAUGAUUCAUAAAAGCCAUUGACCAGAACACAAUUAAUAUCCUGAUAGAUUUGACAACAAACUUUUUCAUCACAACAAAUGCAAACUCUGAAUGUCAUAAUUAUUAAUGCCAUGCAAUUUUUACGUACUAAAUCUACUUUAUCAAAACCUUUGUAAACUAAUUAGUGUAAACUAAAAUUCACUUUAUAAAUCAUUCUUUAUUUAUGCAAUUUUCAAACUAACCACUACUUAAAAUCUACAGAAUUUCUCACUAAGCAUGCAAAUAAUGAAAUUAUAUCUACCAGUAAUGUAAUCACAUCUGACAAGUAGUCCUCUUAAAAAUGUUAAAAACGGUUAACGUUAAAGUUAAAUCAAAUAUUUUAAAAUGUUAUUUUAAAAACGGAGAAAUAAUUUUUUAGAGCAAAUAAAAAGGAAAACUAAUUCUUUAUUGUGGCAGUGUAUGCCCCGUUAUUUGGAAACCCGCUAUUAGCCCCGUUAUUUUGAGACAACCGCUAUUAGUACGAAAAACAUGUUUGGCACUCAACGCGCGGUGUGACCGCGCCUAGCACUGGAUCUGAAUGUUGACCUCAGGUAUCCCUUUCACCCCAGUCCGGACGGUCUCUAUGCGGCCGGCUUCUCUCGCGGAUAAGGAGGAAAUAAUAAAAUACCACGAUGUGCGCUUUAGUUAGAAAUUCAAUAAUUUAUUUCUCGGGAACCCUAGCGUAUUAAGUUAUAAAUUAUAUCUAGUUAGAAAGGGGAUUUUAUUCACUAUUCCAUAGCAUAUUUACAAGUCUCCAUCGUUGGAGGAUAUGUGAACAUUUAGUCAUUAAAGGAGUUUUCGCCUUCAUCUAUAGUGGUCCCCACCCCUUCUAGUUAAAAUAUCUCAAAAACUACUUAACUCAUAGAAAUAUAAAAUAGCAUCUUAGAGAGCUGAGACAAAACUGCACAGAUCACAUAUAAGUCGUUAGGGCUUUGGUCAGGGAUUUUAAUUAUUACUCGGGUGUAGUCCCCAGAGUUAGGCAUUUUACCCCAGGAAAUAGGCCAGAAGGCAAAACUUAGACCGACUUGGUUUAAGUAUGACGGAGGGGCUCUCUCAUAUGUCCGCGCACGGCUUUAUAAAGGGGUGCACACUAAGUAGGGGGUCAUUCGAGAUUGGUCAGCAUCCCUGCAGUGUGCCUUUGCUCAGUGCGGCCCAUUGGAACGCUCUAUAUUGUCCUUUUUCUUCAUAGUGGACUUUUGCCUUAGUCUUUAUAUUUUCUUAGGACUUUUCCUUUAGUCACAGUGACUUUUUCUGUAGAGCAUUAAUAAAGCUAUAGUCCUCGAGACCUGCAUUUCUUCAUUUUUUUAUUAUUAGUAACUGUCAGUGGCAGCCUUGGUACACCCAAGCACCAAUCACCUACGUCACCACACUACUACAUUAUGAUUAAAAUAUUAUUUCAUACUUAAGAAAAUCAGAGAUCAAGUUUGGCCAAGAAAAUAAUGAAUGAAUAUAUUUAUAAAUAAUUUACUGUUUUAGAACUGAAUUUAAUUCUUGUGACAGGUUGUUUACCUAGCCUGGUACUGGCAGUCAAGUGAUAGUAAUCUGUUGGUGAUGAAACCUGUGCAGACCUGGAGACAGAAAGAUGUUGCCACAUGGCUAGAGGAGAUGGGUUGGGCUAGUCACUAUGCAUCACUUGCCUUGGAAAAUAAAAUAGGUUUAAGUUACUCAAAUAGUCUUUCCAAAUGUAGUUAAUUCUUUGAAUAUUUCACUAAGUUACUUGAUUUUAAAAAAAAGGUAUUUAAUUUUUUUUUAAUUCUUUUUUUAAAAAGAGUUAAAUAGUGUAUUUAAUUUACUUUAAUUAAAGCUUCCAAUUUAUUAAUUUAUUUAAGUUAAAAUGUCUAAACUCAUGUUUCUUUUUUUAUUAAUGGGACUUAUUCACUGUUUAAAUUUUGAACUUUUCACAGAUGGCAACAUGUUGUUAUCACUGACUAAUGAUUCAUUGACACAUUUUCUUAAUGUAACUGAUAUUACUCAUGAGAGAGCUCUUCUUUUUGCCAUUAAUAUGUUAAAAGAACAUGGAGUUAAGAUGCCUGCUACAUUAUGGGAAUACAAGGUAUAAUUGAAAAUUGUUUACAUUGGCUCUUAGAGCUCCAACAAAUUUUUGUAGUUUACAAGUAGAUAUGAGAAAUAAAUAACUUUGAUAUAUCUACUGCUUUAUCAGUUUUAUAUGGUAGUAUUUUCUUAAUGGUUUUAACUUCCAUCCUAGGCCUUGUACCCUGGAAGAUGUUUAUUUCUUGUAUACGGAAUGAAAGAUUUCCCCAGAACAAGUCUUCUCUAUUUGUGGAUGUACUUUUAUGAUGAUAUGUUUUUACCAUUUGUGAAAACAACCACUAAGACAACUGUAGAUAUUAUUCCAGUGUCAAAUUCAUCAGUAAGUUUAAAGUUCAAUUUGUAUUGUAUCCUUGGUAUUUGCCUUUUAUCCUUUGUAACUGCCUUUUAACAUUUAAUUCUUUGUACUUCAAAGAUAUCUAAAUUUGUCAAUGUUUAUCUACAUAAAAAAUAAAGGAGCCUCCGUUGUUUCUCUAUUAAAAAAUAAAAUUUCUUACACGUCUGUCUUUGUGAUAACUAAGUAUUAGAAAAGCAAAUAAGUCAACAUGAAGCAUUAUCAAUUUUUUCCUUUUUAACAGACAGAUGUCAUCAGUAAAGCAGAGUGGGUGAGCUUCAUGAUAUUUGCAGUAUUAUUGCCAGAAUGGCUGGUUGUGGUUUUUACCUGGCAGAUGUUCUCACAUCAUUUCUUCUCACCAAUGUUUGUCCUGGCCACAGCUGUACUGUAUCAGGUUAUGGAAAUACUCACUUGGAUUAAAUUUUUUAACAACAUGGAGUGGAGGUAAAUUUUCAAAGAUAACUUAUUUGACCAAGUCUCUAAUUAAAUGACUAAGAACAUUGAACAAGUAAAUAAUAUAACUUAAUAAAUAAAGACUGACCAUUUUUUUAACUACAGAAAAUGUAUUUAAGAAUAUAUAGCAUAUUACAUUAUUUUACAUAACGAAUAUGAAUGUAAUUACAUAUAUUUUUAAGAAUGGUUGAUUUUACUGUAUUUGACAGACAUAUCACAGUCUGAUUUAAAGUUGUCUUGGUAGCUUCUUUGUUACCCUCAACUCACUAAUUUUAGCUCUUCCCUCAACUAUGAGCUUACUAAUUAACAGUAACUAUUUCAACACUUAUUAGUUUUCUCCUAGAGCACAGCCUACACCUCGCCCCCAGUACCCACUUUGCAGCCCGCGAAGUAACGAAAUAUUCUUAACUCUAAUUAUUUUCUUAAUAUCUCCCCCCCGUCCUAUUUUAUUUUGGCCUGCACAAGCCCUGUCCUAUUUUCUUUGGCCCGCACAAGCUUUUCAUGAAGUAUUACGGCUCGCCUUACAUUUUGAGUUGUGCAAGCCUGUCCUAACGCGUAUUAAAUUAUCAAAUUAAACAUAAACCUUUCAUAACAUUCUUUAGCAAAUGCUUCUUUAAUAAUUUUUAGACUUGAUUGUAAAAUGAUGAACAUCAUCUGGUUAUCACCUUUGAUGUUCUCCAGUUUGAAUUUUUGUUCGCUGCUUGCAUAUAUUUAUUAUAAAAAAUUUUCAUUUCUUUUAUCUUCAGGUUGACAAUAGGCUUCAUCAAAGCCUGGAUCCGUCAUCUGAUGUCAGCUUUCAUAUUUAUGGUUGUCUGGCCUUUGGUUCCCAAUUUGAUCUGUGAUAUUUUUUUCUAUGGUGCCUUGUACAUCAGUCCUGUGCAAGCUCUAAUAGCUGUGUACAAAAAGUUCAUUGCUAUCAACAAUGCAAUGUGAUUGAAACAAAAUUAAAUUUAAGGAGACUUAUUUGUUGUUUCAAGAAAAUGCGGAACAGGAUAAGGAAGCACAUCAAAGAAAAUUUGAAAUUACCAUGCAAGGAAGCACAUCAAAGAAAAUUAGAAAUCUUUUGUUUAAUUUUGUGUGACUUGAAAUUCAAUAGAUUCUUUCCAAUGAAAAUGGUUUAAUUUGAAUAUUUUUAAUAUAAUAUCUGUGUUCCUUGGUAAAAACAAAACUGGGUUUAAGUGAGAGUACCAGCAACUAUCAGAAUGUUUGUUUGAAACAUGCAUAGUUAAAGUCAUUCUGAAUAUGUGAGGACCAUACACAAAUACAGUUUGAUUGGUAUUAAAAAUUAAAAUUAUGUUUUUGCAUACAUCACUUCCUCCUCUACAAAAAACAAGUAUAUGGUCCACUGGCUAACUUUUUUUACUACCUUUUAAAAUAAAUUCCAGCCUGUGCCGUAAAAAAAAUAGACCUAUAUGCAGUAAUUUUGCCAAUAGAUUAUCUAGAAUUUUAAUUCUUUAAGAAAGCUUAAAAGAAAUAUUUGCCUUGUUUUGUUGUAUACUUAAAUUGACAGAGAGAGACAUAGAGGUUGUGAAAUAGAGAUCAGAGGGCUGUAAUUUAUUUUAAUUUUAGCAACGUAUAAUCUUCUUACCAAAACAGCGAGAUGUUCUUGCAACCAAAAGGAGAAACAUGGAGUAUUUCUCUUUAAACCUUGUUACAUUGACUUAAAAUUGAUGAUUAUCAUUUAAUCUAUAUUAUUAAUUCAAUAAUUUAUUUGAUUUAUAUAAUUAUUUUCCUAGCUUUAUAGUUAAAAAUUGAUGCUUAUUUUAUAAUCUAUAUAAUUAAUCUAAUUUUUAUAAUUGAUUUCAAUUCAAUCGGUGGAUUCUGUUUGAGAUAGAAUCAGUAUUCUGUGCUUUGUUUUGAGUGAAGAACACUUUUGCUUGAGGCAGUCUUUAACUUAUCAGUUCAGUGUCUUGUUCUGUUUACCAAUACGUUUGACACAAAUUAUCUUUUAUGAUGGUCUUAUAUUAAAAAUUUACAAUUCAUUUUGUUUUAUUUUAAAUUUUCAGUAUUUUUUAUACUGACGACUUAUAUUAUUGUUAAAACAAUAAUACACAAAAAAUUAACUUUAGUUAAGUGAGUGAGAUCUUUUUAUAGAAUUAUAUAGAAAUAGAAUUUGGAACUUUAUAAUAAUAGCUUCAAAAUUAAUUUCCUAUGUAGAAAUUACUAUAAUCUCUCUUUUGCAGAAUGACUUAAAUUUGUUCAUCAAUUAAAUAGAUGUAAACCUAUCAUACGAUGGGAGGUUUUUAAAAUCCUUAUGAAAACUACAAUGCAUGAAGAACAUUUUUUUACAGUAAAAUCUUGGGUAAAAAGACAUAUAUUCCAAUCUGUGUAUGCUAUGCAUCCCUCAAGGAUUUAAGAAAUUAAUUACCAAUAUGGAAAAUAAAGUUAAAAUACAUAAUGUACCACCAUAAUAUUUCUUUUUGGUACUUCUUUUACCUAUCUUUCUAAUUUACCAUUCUUAUGAAUAUUUAAUAAUUAUCAUUUUAUGAAAAUUCUUACCAUAGUUUAUUUUCUGUUGCAUUUUAAUGAUCUAUUUAAUAGAUAAAAAUAAUAAUUUUUAAAAAAUCUGAUGUAUUAGUAGUGUGAUCAAUUUUUGAUAGAUGGAAAAAUUAUUUUAAUUUCAUACUUGUUAAUAUAUAAGUUGGUUUUUAAGAUAUGCAGAAUUUUAUUCAAGAUUUUACAGUAAAUGAAAUAUGUUUGUAAAUCUAGUUAAAAUGCAAUCGGCAGGUAUUUAAUAAAAUGUGCUGUAUUUAAAUUUAAAGUAUACAUUUAGUUAAGAAAGAUCCUUAUUACUUACAUCUUGUAAAGAUCCUCCUUACUUACAUCUUUCCUUAACAUUUAAAUAGAUUUUAAAACAACACAAAUUACUUCACAAUCAUUUAUAUUUGUGCAAUUCUAUUUCUAAAAACAAAAUCCAUGACAUUUUGCAUUAACAAAUUUUUGUAUAGUCCUUAAAAUAUCUUUACUCAAGCUAGUGAGCUAACAAACCUUUUCAGAAUAAUAUUACAAUCUAAUUACAUAGAAUUUAUGUUUGAGGUUCAUAUGUGCUGAAGUCUUAUUUUUGGGUGAUAUUAUUUGAUAACUCUCUUACUUUUUUCUGAUUGCGUUCAUUAUACUUGUAUCUAUUUAAACUGUGCUUAUAAUUAGCUUUUAACAUUUAUUGUUUGGUAUUCUGGACAUACAUUAAAAUUUUAACAGGUGAAACACAUUGUAUGUGUUUAUCCCUAUUUCCAAAUGUACUAUUUGAAGGAAUAAAAU